UUCAUUAGAAAAGAAGGCAUUUAAAAUUUAUUCAAAAAUUCUUCAAUUCUUAAAACCACAUAAAUAUAUUUUAAAAAUUCAAAAAGGAAAGGAAAACAUCACCAUUAAAAUGCCAAAACGAUUAACCGAUGAGCAACUUUCAGAUCUUAAAAAGUGGCUAGCAGAUCAACAAAUCAAUCCAAAUAAAUUGCAUAGAGAGUUUUCUGAUGCAGUCCCCGUUGCUAAUUUAUUAAAGAAAUUGUGUCCCAAAUUAAUAGAUUUGCAUAAUUAUCCUCCGCGUAACAAUACUCAACUAAAGCUGAAUAAUUGGGAGACGCUAAAUUUUAAGGCUCUCGGAAAAAUUGGUCUUCAACAAACUAAGAAUAUGCUGCACAAGUUAGCCAAAGGUAUACCCGGAGCAAUAGAAUCGCUGCUUUAUGAUAUAAAAAUGAAUGACCGCCUUUUAAAAAAAAAUGAUAAAAAUGACGAACAAGAACAAGCCUGGUCGGAGAACGACGACAUUAUUGUAGUCAAUGUUAAUAAAAAGGUCGGAGAUGCAAUUGUCCAGGUUCCACAAAAAAUGAUUUUAUAUUCAGUUUACGAGCAAUCUGUUCGAGACUUGCAGACAAAAGACUCUUAUUUGAAUGCCGCAAAUCAAAAAAUUGCUCAUCUUGAAAACUUAUUGAAACUUAAAUCUGAGCGAAUAGAUGAACUUUGUGCUCAACUUGCUAAGGUCUCAAUGCGUAGUUUGCUAAAGCAGCAUAAUUUAGAAAAUUCUAAUCCCAAUUCGCCAUCUAAUUCAGAUAAUAUUGAAAAUGAAACAAAUAACAAGAGUUUUAAUUUUUAGCGUGUUUCAAAAUUACAAUUCUCAGAAAUAAAGACAUCAAAAUUAAGGUGCACGUAUAAAAUAUAAAAACAUGCAUACUUAUGCACAUAUAUCCUUACGAGUGUAGUUGUUACAAUAUAUUUUACAUCAAAUUUAUUAGAUUAAAAUGAUAAGA